UCCCGGACUUUUCCAAGAUUGGUUGCAGCCGGGCGUGGUAGUACAGAGAGCUGUGUGAGUUCGAGGCCAGCCUGGCCUACAUAGCGAAUUCCAGCACAGCCAAGCCUGCCGGGGCUACUAGUGAGACCCUUGUGUGAGGAGAGUGAGAGCGCGCUUGACAGCUUUCCUGCGUUGUGGAAGUUGGGAGCGUUAGAAUGAGGUGGUUGGCGAGAUAAAGGAUAGAUUAGCUGGAGUAAACACCAUUAAAGAAUCGACUUUAUGGUGAAGGGUAUAUUCACCAAAUGGAACGAAGUUAUACAUCACACUGUCUCAUGGAAACGUAACAGUCUAUUGCAUCUGCUGACAUGGAUUUCAACCAGUUAGAGGCCUUCUUGACUGCUCAGACCAAAAAGCAAGGUGGCAUCACCUGUGAGCAAGCUGCAGUCAUUUCCAAGUUUUGGAAGAGCCAUAAGUCAAGAAUCCGAGAGAGCCUCCUGAACCAGAGCCGCUGGGACAACGGCCUGCGGGGCCUGAGCUGGAGAGUUGAUGGCAAGUCACAGUCAAGGCACUCGGCUCAAAUACACACCCCUGCUGCCAUUGUAGAGCUGGAAUUUGGGAGAAGUGGGCAGGAAUCUGAAUUUCUGUGUCUGGAAUUUGAUGAGGUUAAAGUCAAGCAAGUCCUGAAGAGGCUGUCAGAGGUAGAGGACAGCAUCAGCACGCUGAUGCAAGCAGCCUGACUCAAGUUCAGCAGGAAGGAGUGUUGAAACGAAGGUGUUGGAGAACCUCGCCACCGACCUUACUUAUAACUCCUGGUUCCCCAUUGGUGUCACCAGACGACAUCGCACACAUGUACAAAAGUCUCAAAGAAUAAAUAAAAAGUAUAUUUUAAAAGGUGACUAAAAAAAAAGAAAAACCUCCAGUUCAAAUCUU